UGUGCAGUCCUAGUUCACAUAACAAUGGAGAAUUUAAAAUUUACUGAAGAACUGAAAAAAGCGUUUGACGCAGCCAAGAACACGCCAAAAGAUGAGCUGAUCUUCACAUACAAUGGAGUGAUGUAUCCCACAUCAACAUGUGAUAUUGAAACCUUUCAAACUAUUGAGACGUUUGAAGCACGUGAAGAGGAUUUGAUGAUGGUAGCCUAUCCUAAAUGUGGAUCCAAUUGGACUAUGCUACUCUUACACGGCAUUGUUUAUGCAGCUUACAAAAAGGAACCAUCUGCCAUUAUUCCACUGAUUGAAUUUAAAGCGCCUGAUAAAUUUGAGAAGCUAAAAGCCCAACCUUCACCAAGGGUAUUAGGAACGCACUUGCAUUAUGACAACAUACCUCAACCAUUUUUUGACAAGAAAGUAAAGUUGCUGGUCACGUUUCGAAAUCCAAAAGAUACGGCCGUGUCACUUUUUCACUUCUACAAUAACAACCCAAUGCUCCCCACCUACAACAGCUGGGAUGAUUUUUUCCCAGACUUUAUGGCUGGAAAAGUUGUCUGGGGAUCAUACUUUGAUCAUGCAGUUGUCUGGAACAAACAUCUUGAUGAAGACACAAUUUUGUUGGUCACAUUUGAAGAUAUGAAAGAAGACCUGGAAGGAUCAAUUAAGAAGAUCUGUAAAUUCUAUGGAAUUUCAAUUACUGAAGAGCAAGUGAAGCAAAUUGCUGAAAAGGGAACAUUUAAGUCUAUGAAAGAGAAUUCUGGGAAAACUCAUGGUGUUUUCGGAAAGGUUAUUUUUAGAAAAGGGGAUGUUGGAGACUGGAAAAACUACUUUUCAGAAGCUCAAAGCCAAGAAGUAGAUGCAAAAUUUGAAGAGUGUUUAGGAGGAACCAAACUUGGCGAAUUACUGAAGUAUAAUGUCCACUGUAAAUGGUGAAACUGUAAUGUAAUGCAGUAAAUGUUUUUUAUUUGGGUCAUUUAUACUGUCUUUUAUCAAUCUUGUUAUCUAGUGUCAUGUAUAUGGUACUACCUUAAAACAUUUGACAUGUCACAGAGUUUUGAUCGGACAGUGUCAGUGCUGAGACCCUCACUUAUCAAAAAAAAACAAGCUGGACAAGCACAUGGCAGUGAGCAUUAUUCCCCGACUCUCAGCGAUCUUUGUUUUGGUUUCUCCAAUAGACAGCAUGAAGCGGCUGGGGAGUAAUGCUCACUUAUCCUUGCUCAUUCUCCUGAUCACCAAUUUUCAGUAAAACAUAUUUGUCAAGAAUAUCAGAUGUUAGCUGCAAGUCUAUAUGAACAUAUGAAAGCUGCAUGGGAUUUUGCUUAGUGCUUUGUCUUUGGAUUAAAAAACUUGAA